AUGAGCGCCCUCAAGCAGAUGGAAGCAGCGAGAUCGCUCCCCCCGCGGCUGCUGCGCUUCUUCCAGAAAUACCCCCCGCCGUCGCUGUUCCCGAGCAUCACGUCCCAAAUACAAGCCGACCUUGCCAGCCCACCAGCCGUACCCGAGCCCGUAUCCACAACACCACCCUCGGACCCCAACGCGUCCAUGGUCGAAACCUCUUCUCCCGCCUCCGACCUCUCCCCUGCGCCUGUCCUCUACACCAGCGAGCCGUCGUCUCCCCCGGACCUGCCCUACCCAAACCCUUUCCUCCCCACCAAGAACUACACAACCGGCCGCUGGCAUGGCCCCGUCUUUGGUCUGCGCAAACAGGCCGAUCUCGUCAAACUCGCCUCCUCGCAUGGCGUCGUCGAUCUCUUACCAUGGACCAUCAAGAAGCCUGGGGAGAAGGAGAAGCGUCGCAUCGAAAAGGGACUGCAAGUAAAGGGCACGGGCGAGGGCCAGAAGGUCAAGGGCAAACUGUGGGAGAGGACCAUGAAGGGACGCUUGGAGAUGAGAAGACAGGCCAUGUUGAACAUGCCAAGUUUGAUCCAAGAAUGGAAACAGAAGGGUCAUGGCCGAGGGUGGAAGAAGUGGCCAAGUGGCAAGGCCAAGUGAUGAGAACAAAGUUAUGGCUUCAUAUGACAUGCCGUGUGUCCCACUGCACAAGCUGUGUAUAUCUACAUCUAUGCGAAAUUCAACAUGUGGUACGAGAGUCUGCGCUCAAGCAAACCUUGUAUUGGUCUCUACUAAGACCUAGACACCUCAUACACUUCACGCUGCAACGCCUGUCAACGACCAAGCCCAUCAACAUUCAAGGUAAAAAUAACAAAUUUGUGGACAUGGGUAUCUUAUUGGUUUGUCUUCAGAGCUCCUACAGCAAGUCGAGUCCUUGCCCCCCUGGUAACAUGCUAAACGACAUUGAACCCCUCAACACCAGCUCGUCUAGGUCUUUACAUGACCAUCUCCUCGUCGCCAUAUGUCUGUUGCAUGCCGUACUCUCUCGCGU